GGUUGUCUUGAAGAAAUGCUCUUCCUCUGGUCAGGAGGAGGCUGUGGAUGCCAUGGUCCAAUGUAAUGAGCUGCCAGUGACUGCUGGCUCCACUGAAGAAGCAGUGGAUGUGCCCCUAACUCAAGCACAUGCUUUCCCAGAGGACUUGGACCACAGUGCUUUGACCUCAUCUUUACAGAGCUGCAGAAACAAGCAAGACUUCAUUAGAGAAUCCCAUACCAGCCUGGGGCAACUGUGUCCUCCCUUGAAGCAUGAGUGUGCCCCACUUGUCCAUUUUUCUGGAGAUAGACAGUGUCUGGAGGACUCUCCUGAGGCUGCAGCAUCUCCUGGAUUAGACAUGCCAUCUUCAAAGCUGCCAAUAUCUUCCUCCAGCCCUGGAGGCCCUUCUAAGCCAAAGAAAUCUAAGAACAGCCAAGAAUUGCUAAAAGAGCAAGAACAGCUAUUAAAACGAGAACCACUUGUAUAUCAUCUAGACCUACUAGAACCUCUUCCUGCUGUCUCAGAAGACCUUCCUGAUGAUUUUUAUGAAGUCACAGUGGAUGAUGUACGGAAACGUUUGGCACAGCUGCAGAGCGAGAGGCAACACCUGGAAGAAGCCCCACUGAUGACAAGAUCUUUGAGGGAGGCUCAGCUGAAGGAAAAGUUGGAACGUUACCCGAAGGUGGUGUUGAGAGUACAUUUUCCAGACCGUCAUAUUCUGCAAGGGUUCUUCCGUCCUACUGAAACUGUUGGUGUUUUGAGAGACUUUGUAAGAAGCCACCUUGCAGAUGCAGAUUUGCCAUUCUACUUGUUUAUUGCACCUCCCAGAAUCGUCUUGAAUGAUGAAAGUUUGACGCUGUUUGAGGUAAGGACUCAUGCUUAUACUUUGUUAUUCUUCCUCUGACAUGCUGUUUCUUCCACCCAUCCCAACGUACCUUAAUUGGUUUUAAAAGAAGCUGUUUAAUGUCACCAUCCCUGUAGAUUUUUGCUUAGCCAAGACUAAUGGAACCAGGUGUUUUAAAGCAUGAGCUCUUCACCAGAAGAGGUCCACCUUGUGCAGCAAUACGUAGUGUCAUGAUGAGGAGGGUGAGGGGGUCAUAUUAUUGUAUACGUCGACUCUGUGCCCUGUGGAGCCUGCACCAUAUGUAGCCUGAAAAGUUAUUAUAUGAGCUGUGUAAAUGAGUUUGCUGUAUUUGUAGUUGGCCCAGUA